AUGGCGCCCCAAAAAGGUAAAACUGGUACUAAAGGCCAAAAACAAAUACUUGAGGAGAAUGAAGCCACAUUGAAGUUUUAUAGAAAUAUGAUUGGAGCAGUUAGCGCUGUAUACAUAAUAGUUCAUUUGGCUUUUGGAAAUGUUUUUUCUCUUACAAACAUUUUUCUAUAUACUCUUGUUAUUGCAUCACAUGGUGGUAGCUAUAAAUUUAUGGCAUACAUGUCAGUUGCUAAAUUUACUGAAAAUGGUCAGUUACUUGAUGCGGGUACAGAUCUCAACAUGGAAGGUGGUUUAGCCGAGUAUACAAAAGACUUGAUUAUAUUAACAUCAGGUUGUCAAUUAUUAUCACUUAUUUCUAAUUACUUUUGGUUUCUAUGGCUCCUAGCACCUGGUCAAGCAUUCUGGAUAUUAUGGAAAAACUUUUUAGGACCCUAUUUUAUGCAAAAAGCACCAGAAGAUAACUCACCAGAAAUAAAUGAGAAAAAACAAAAGAAAUUGGAGAGGAGGAAAAAACGACAGCAAAAUGUACGGUUUUAA